UGGAGCCGACCAGCUUCUCCCUGGACCAAGAUGACUGAUGGGAGCCUCCCCGCCUCCACAAAUGGCGUAGUCUCCAUGGGCGUCCUGGCCGGGCGGCCGGGCGAGCACCUGCAGAAGCUGCAGCACGUGGCUCCCCGGGCGCCCAGGUCGCUCUCGCUGCCCGAGUACCGGCCCGCACCGAGAGCCGGCGUGCUGGAGGAUCGCCGCAGCCUCAAGUCGGUGGACUCGGGCAUCCCCACCCUAGAGGUCGGCAACCCCGAGCCUGUCCCCUGCAGCGUGGUCCACGUGAAGCAGUCCGAGGCGGAGGCUGCCGCCGAGCGGGCCUGCCGGAGCGCCUGCCCGCUGCCGUCCUGCGCCACACCGGCCCCCCCGAGCACCGAGCGGGGGCCGGGGGUGCGGAAGUCCUCCACGUUCCCCAGGACGGGCUACGACGCGGUGCGACUCGACAGCCCCACCUCCAGAGCCCUGGGCCGCAGCGACCAGGCCUCUGUGUGCAGCGUGUCCAGCCUCGGCACAGAGCUGUCGGCCACGCUGUCGGUCAGCAAUGAGGACCUCGUGGACCUCGUGGUCACCAGCAGCUCCAGCGCCAUCGUCACCCUGGAGAACGACGACGACCCGCAGCUCACCGAUGUCACCCUGAGCUGCGCCGGGGAGACCCGGGACCUGCACCCGCAGGGCAGCGUGGCCGGCGCCGAGGCGGGGAGCAAGCCGAGGACGCUGGGGCCCCUCAGCAGCCUCUUUCCCAGGUAA